AUGUCAGCCAUUUCCCAGCAGUUCGCAGCAGCUGCAGCAGCUGGAAAUGGACAUGGAUCAGUACGGUAUGCAGCUCAUAUUCCUGUCAGAAGUGGGGAAAUCAGUGGUAGAAUGAGCUCAGGAAGUGUGGACAGCCAACAAAGUGGCGGCACUCUUGACGUUGCGUCCAAGAAUAUCGAUCAUGUGAUAGAUCAGGCUCGACAUCGUCACCAUCAACACAGAAGCAAGUUCAAAGAAGCCAUUGACUAUCUGGACCAGAUCUUCGAGGAUUUGAAAAAAGAGUGUGAUACUGACGACAAAAAUAAUAACGAUGAAAACAACAAACCAUCAACCGAAAGUCAGCCGGUGUCUCCACCUAUUCAGAAGCCAUCCGCAUCGUUCGUUGCUGUCAAGAAAAAGCCAACAACUACAGUUGCAACGUCAUCUCCCUCCACUACUGCAACAGCAAAGAACGCAUCUGCGUCCGAUUCGAAACGGAGUAGUACGACAAAGAAUACAGCAACCGUCAUCAAACCAGCAGUAUCGAGGCAGAAAUCAUCUGAAACUACUGGAAGUACUUCUUCCUUUUUUACUGUCAAAGCUGCUACAAAUAAACAGAUUCCACAGGCUCCAUCCCCAGUUGAAGUUGUGAUUCCAGUGAGGAAAAUCUCACAAGAAGUCUCCAACAAUCAGCCGGAGGUAUUUUUUCAAUCAUCCUGUUUUCUAUUUAUUUUUCUCUGUUUUCAGCCCACGGUCGCUGAAACGAUUGUGCUCGCCAAGAAAACAGACAAAAUGGAUUUCACCAGAAGAUGGUUACACGAUGAUUUACAAUCCUUAGCUCAUCUUCCACCAGCCAACAUUGCUCCAAACGCGGUUUCUCAUUUCCAUACUCAAUAUUUUCAGUCCUACUAUCAAGACUUUGAUGAGCAUUCCUUGGGGAGUUGUAGUGCAGAAGUGGCUGCUUUCAACACAGUCAAAGAGAAGAAGAACGGAAAGAGCUCUCGAAAAGUUUCCGAUUCUUCCGAUAUGAUCCGUCCUAGACCAUUCCGUCCUCAGCCAGUAUACCCAAUGAUGGAUGGGUUCAAUGGUCCAUCAGCAUUUGAACCAUUUGCAUCUCAUACAUUGCCACGUGUCGCAUCAAAUGACCAAAUCCCGAAUGAAAUGAAAAGAUCAGGAUCUCAAGAUCCAUACAACACACUUCGUUCUAUGCGCUCCGAAGGCGAUGGGUUCGAUUCAGCUCGUCCAUCGCCAUCUGCAUUCCAACAAGUGUCUCCAUUCAAUCGUGGAGGUUCAAUGAGAUCCUCGCUUCGAUCACUUCCUGAUCAUUCCCCAGUAAGACAAAGGAUACCGCAAAAACCAAAUUACGAGCCUGCCAAAGAUCCAGUUUUAUCAAUUGAUCAACUAGUGGCUGAGUUGGAGUUGAAUACUGAGAAUACCUUAUCCUCAUCUGAUAAACGCCGUUCGUUCCCUACAUCAUUUGGAAGACCACUCGCACAUCAAGCACAACAACAUCAUGCUUCAAACGAUUAUGAGAAACCGAAUCGAUAUCGAGCAGAAAUGAGACAAGCAGCCACAAGAGGAAGAGCUCAGAAUUUCGCCGCCUCGGAAUCUGUUCCGAAAGCAACCGUUGCUGUAUCAAACGCUCCAGUAUAUUCUCAACCAGUCAGACAGCAGCAGCAGGCACCACAAAAAUCACUAGAUGAAGUUACGAGCAUGUUGAAUCGAGCAGUGUCUCAAUUUGGUAAUGACCAAAGACAGGCACAUCAACAUCCAUCUGUAUACAAGCAAUUGAGUCAGCAAUCUUUUGGCUCCGUACACAGUAAUAAUGCAUUCGAAACCAUCAAUCAGGAGAAGAUCAAUCCGAGUCGAGUGGAAGCAAUGCAUAACAUGUUUGAGAGAGGAACCGCCCCUACUUCAUGGAAAAUGCAACAACCAAAAGAUGGUUUUGAUGACAGGAAUCAGAAGAUGUCCCCACUGCAGGAGGUCACAUAUGCCACACUCAACAGCUACUCCCCAACCCCACAGGUUCAAUCAAAUGGAAACGGAAUGACUCGAAAUUCGUCCCAGAAUCAGAUAUCAUAUCAUGACUACACUCCUCAAUUGCCAACUACGCAACCACCACAAAGACCACCUGGAUCUGCGAACUCAUCUCAGGGCGGAUAUUACUCAUCAAACAGUUCUGGAAUCGGUUCCAACUAUCCACAGAAUCAGCAGAAUCAGUAUAAUGAAUACUUUCAGAAUCCAAGACGUAGUCUCAUCAUUGAUCAACAAUCAAUACCCUCUAGAAUGCCAUCUGUGGAGAAUGACGAUGAUGAUGGAUUCUACGAUAACAUCGGAAUCUAUGAUGACAGACGGUUUUCUCGUGGCAGUGAGCUCGAAAACUCGGUUUCAUUCCGUCAACUCCCUCCGGCUUCUAACCAAUCAUCCGGUCAUAAACACAAUCGAAUCGGGUCGUUCUUGAGAAAAAUUGGUGGAGUCUCGAAUCGUCCGCCGGGAAGUGCAGCCAGUUUGAUGUCUUUGAAUAAGAUUUCAAACGAAACCAUUAUCAAACCGGGUGGUCUUAUGAAGAGCAACAGUCUGAGCAAUGAGCCUUGGAAAAAAGUAGUUCUUGGAGGAGGAGCAAGUAUGCCAAGAGAAGCAAACAACAAUCACAAAACUGGUCUCGGAGCUCGCCUCAAAAAUUCAUUAUUCGGCUCUCGAAAACGAUUGGACGGUUAA